AUGAUGGGACGUAAGACCUGCAUGGUCGGUGUAACGCUGAGCUACAUUAAUUGCGGGGAGCCUCCCGUUGUUCCAAAUGCCAUCAAGUCUAAGAAUGGGACAAAGUUUAAUUCAGUAGCCAAUUACAGUUGUGACGUUGGUUACGUCAUGUCUAACGGAACCAUGACGUCAUCUACGUGUGAAUCGACUGGACAAUGGACGGCAGUGAUCAUGUCAUGUACUGACAUUAAUUGCGGGGAGCCUCCCGUUGUUCCAAAUGCCAUCAAGUCUAAGAAUGGGACAAAGUUUAAUUCAGUAGCCAAUUACAGUUGUGACGUUGGUUACGUCAUGUCUAACGGAACCAUGACGUCAUCUACGUGUGAAUCGACUGGACAAUGGACGGCAGUGAUCAUGUCAUGUACUGACAUUAAUUGCGGGGAGCCUCCCGUUGUUCCAAAUGCCAUCAAGUCUAAGAAUGGGACAAAGUUUAAUUCAGUAGCCAAUUACAGUUGUGACGUUGGUUACGUCAUGUCUAACGGAACCAUGACGUCAUCUACGUGUGAAUCGACUGGACAAUGGACGGCAGUGAUCAUGUCAUGUACUGGUAAGGGUAUUAGGUUAUUACUAAAGGGACAUUCCUGAGUUUGCUGCACAUUUUAAGAUGCUAUCGACAAACAGAAUCUUUUUAACGAUUGUAAUUACAUAUCAAAUAUACAUCC